AUGAUUCAUACAGUCUCUUCUCCACAAGUCAGUUCCUCCCCCGUUUCUCGAGGCGGUAGUUGCCCUCCUCCAUCAAGCAGUCCUCCAUCUUCACCUCUGUCAGGCGGACGUGCUACCACUCCUGGAUCAUCUCUUUUUGAUUCCAGUCUCAAGUCAGAAAGCUCUCCCAAUAUGAGGCAUUCUGACAUAUGUGCUUCACUAAGAAGCAUAUCCUCACUGUCAAAGACGCCUCAGAUUGCAGCUGCCAAAUCGGAGACGGACAGCCUAUUCUAUAAUCCGUCUACACCUCCAAAUCCUGCACGCGCUUCUCGACGUGGCUUUAUCCGCGAGAGAAUGAGCAACAAGUUCAUUCCGUACCCCCCCUCUCCGGCUCCAAUUGAGGUCCGUUAUGCAGCUCGUGUCACCGGGCGAGAAUGCAAACCAUAUGUAUCCUCUGACUCACUUCUCGAGCAUGCCGGAACAUUGGAAAAUGGCCUCACACAAAUGCGUCCUGCAACCUUGUACAAAGGGUAUCAAGCAAAGCUUGCUGCUCGUGAGACUGCACGCCAGCGCAUGUUGGUGACCGCAUGGGAAAUUGAGGAAACCGAGCGCUUCCUUGAGUUCCUGGAUGCUCUGCAUGUCGACAACGAAGAACGGCUCAGAUUCGCUCAAGAAGACUUAAACAUCUUUAGGAAGCUAUUUUCUGAGCGUGACCGUUCUGAUGUCAAUGACGACAGAGAUUACCUUCAAGCUGUCUACGAGGAUGAAAUGGAGAUUCUUCGCGUUGUCUCGCUACAAGCUGAGCAGUUCUCAAAGAUCUUAGGUGCACGUGUCAAGAAGGAUUUCUUGCAACCUGGAGCCAAAGGAUCGGGAUCACCAUCACCUGAGCCUGGGGUUUCGAUUAGAGAUAAUCUGGUAUCCGCAGAUCAGGAAGAUAACUCACAGGUUUCGGUCAAUUCGGCAGCACAGUCCGCACACCCUUCCCGUACGCCGUUAUUUCCCCAUGUCACAAGACGUGUAGUUUAUUUGGGUGUUGUUUGUGUACAGUCGCUUCUCGUAGAAUUCCCAUUGGACUGCUCUCUGCGCCCAUGCAUCCUCAACUCCCUCUACUUUAUGGCCAGCAAACGUGCACCACCCCACAAAGGUAAGACUAACUUUGCGAAACCUGCACGUGGUUUGGGCCUCAACCCAUCUCAUGCUCCCGCGGACAGUCAAUUGAAUCUCAUCGAUGAGCAACCGCACGAACCGAUGUCUUUUUUUAACCCUCACGCCUCAAAUCAGCCGCUGCCAUUCAAUCCUCACACUACCCACCAUCCGCACCAUCCACAGGACUCCGCGCACCAUCAGCACACGUCCGCUCCCCACCAGCGUGAGUCUGCCUACGAUCAGCAUGAAGACUUCGCCCAGCAUCAGCAAGAAGAUCUCGCCCAUCAUCAUCAGGAUUUCACCCAGCAUCAGCAUCAGUCCGCUCCCUACCAGCGCGAGCCAGCUUACCAGCAUGAAGAUCUCGCGCACUAUCAGCAUCAGGACUUUGCGCCUUCUCAGCAGGACUUUGCGCCUCCUCAGCAGGACUUUGUGCCUCCUCAGCAGGACUUUGCACCUCCUCAGCAGGACUUUGUGUAUCCUCAGCAGGACUUUGUGUAUCCUCAGCAGGACUUCGCGUAUCCUCAGCAGGACUUCGUGUCUGGCGCUGGAUCCUCGACUGGAUAUGUUGCUCCGUCAUUAGCGCCCAGUUGGGUCGGCGAUGAUGAGGAAUUUCAGACUCAUUCAGUCCCACCACCGGAUCUCCACCACUUACGGCCAAUGUCGACGGGAGAGAUCCCUAACUCCCAUGUGAUACAUACUACAGGGCCUGCAAGGACAUCGAAAGCACGUCGUCAUGCAACUCGAUGUCUGCCCCCCACACCACGCCUUGUCAUUCCUGUUGUGACGCCCACAACGAUGACAGGGACUGUCGCACCUCCGGAAUCCAUCGAAGGUUCCGCCAUUGACAUUAGUCCCAAGAUGCGCAAACAAGCGAUCUCGGCCUCGAAGGAAUGCGUAUUAUCCAUUGUCUUUUCCAAUGAUGCACUGGUAUCUCUCGCGGCUGACAAAAAGUGCAUCGUCAAAAAGGUCAUUUCCGAAGUAAGAUCUAGAAUACCAGCCCUUCUCGUUGCAACACAAUGGACGGCUAACGAAAAGGACGUCGCGAACGUUUGGUGCGCAGUGACGAAAUUUCGCACUGCAUUUGCAACAAUCAUCCGACAAGCUGUCGUGAUGGGAUAUUCCCUCUUCCCACCACAGGGCUGUACUAUCCCCCCAGAUACUUUUCGUGUCGAUCGGAUACGCUGCCUCAUCGUAGAUAACGACUUAGCGUUCAUGCAUCAAUACACUUUUGCAGACGGUGCACUUGUCAUUCACUCGAAAUUCACCAACCCAUUCAUCCUUCAUGUCCUAAUGAAACUCAUUUGGUGUUCGCCCUUCCGGCUCCACACUUUUCUCGACGAAUGCCCACGCCGUCAAAUACGUUACGCUAUUGGCGCAGCCGGCGCCAUUACAGAGUCUGCAUUGAUGGAGCAGGGCUUGAUACAACUUACAAAGGGUAGGAUUACCCCCCAGAUGACGCAUUCGACAUUCACGAAGAUUGUUCUGGGCCUGGAUCAGCUAAGUGACGCUGAAAAGGUUAUUUUAGACGACUUCACAGACAGCAUCGUCGUUUGCGGGCGCUCGCAACAGCAAGCCAACGACGAACUAUCUGAUUUUGAUUUUGAAUAG